UUUUUUUUCAAUCAGGGGGCGUAACUCCCAGUGAUACCGUGUUGUUCACGCCCACUUUUUGUUUGCGCUAACAACAACAAAAUGGUGUUGAAAAGUUUAGUUCGUGAAAAAAUUCUUAAUGAAAUUGUCAAACAGCACAAAAUAACAGGAAAGGGAGAAUGGAAAGUUCUUAUUUUGGACACAGAAAGCACACACAUAAUAUCUGCUUGUUGUAAGAUGAAAGAAAUAACAGCAGAUGGAAUUACUUUGGUUGAAGAUUUGUACAAGAAAAGAGAACCUCUGCCAUUACUAGAGGCAAUUUAUUUUAUAACUCCUGUUGAGAAGUCUGUUCAUUCAUUGAUUUCUGAUUUUAAAGACAGAAGUAGUAAACUUUACAAAGCAGCGCAUGUUUAUUUUACAGAAGCAUGUCCAGAAGAUCUCUUUCAUACACUGUGUAAAGCACCUGUGGCCAAAUUUAUUCAAACCCUCAAAGAAAUUAAUAUUUCCUUUUUACCCUAUGAAUCUCAGGUAUUCAGUCUUGAUUAUCCAGAGGUGUUUCAAUCACUUUAUAAACCUGAGAAUACUUCAGACCAAACACAUUUGCUAGAAAGAUGUGCUGAAAAAAUUGCCACUUUGUGUGUUACACUUGGGGAGUUUCCUUCUGUGAGAUUUGGAUUAGGUUUUGAAAGAAAUGAAGCAUUAGCCAAAUUGGUUCAACAGAAAUUAGAUUCAUAUAAAGUAGAUGAACCAGCCAUGGGAGAGGGACCGAAUAAAGAUCGUUCACUUUUGCUGAUAUUGGAAAGAGGAUUUGAUCCUAUCACUCCACUUCUGCAUGAAUUGACACUGCAGGCUAUGGCAUAUGACAUUUUACCUUUACCUAAUGAUAUCUAUGAGUAUGAGUGCCAAAAUGGUGAUGAAACACAAAUCAAAGAGCAUAUAUUAAAUGAAAGUGAUGAUGUCUGGAAAGAGCUUCGACAUAGCCAUCUAGCAGUUUUCUCACAACUAGUUACAAAGAAGUUAAAAGAGUUUGCAAAGUCUAAACAGAUGGACUCUCCAGAGAAUACAAGUGUCAGAGAUUUAAGUUUAAUGGUCAAAAAGGCACCACAGUUUCAGAAAGACUUCAACAUGUAUUCUGCCCAUUUCAUGCUGGCUAAUCAAUGUAUGAAAAAAUAUCAAACCUAUGUUGAACAAUUAUGCAAAGUUGAACAGGACUUGGCUUUAGGUACUGAUGUAGAUGGAGAGAAAAUAAAAGAUCAUAUGAAAAAUAUCAUUCCAAUUCUUUUAGACGAGGCCAUAACAGCAUAUGACAAAAUUCGCAUUAUUUUGUUGUACACAAUACAAAAGGGUGGUUUAUCUUCGGAGAACAUUCAGAAGCUAAUUGAGCAUGCUUCCAUUCCUAGGGAAAUGAAAAGUAUUAUCACUGACAUACAGAAACUUGGAUUUCCAAUUAUUCAAGAUGACAAAACUCCUAAGCCACAGCAGCCAUAUUUACCAGUGAACCGCAAACCUCAGAAUCUUGAAGACAUCUACUCGACCUCACGAUGGGUACCUUAUAUUCAGGACCUGAUGGAGGAAGGUGUCAAUGACAGAUUAACAGCUGACAAAUUUCCUUCAGUAUCUGGCUUAACAGCAAGACAAUAUAAUUCAGGGCCUAGACUCAGUGCUCGACUUCAGGAUGCAGGCAAGAAAAGCAACAAAGCAUUACCUCAUCUCAUUAUAUUUAUACUGGGUGGAAUGACUUAUUCUGAAAUGCGAUGUGCGUAUCAUGUGACUGAAUCUUCCACGAACUGGGAAGUCAUCAUAGGUUCAACUCACAUUCUGACACCAACAAAGUUCUUAGAAGAUGCCCAAAAAUUAAGCACACAACAGAUCAUCUAUGAAAUCAAUUCAACAGUGGUCACAGAAAAUGAGAUUGACACUACCCAAAAUGGCAGCAAAUAAGUCUUUGGGAUACUUGCAAUAGUACAGAAUAUUUUCUCUACAAUACUCACAUUUGUGAUGUGAUUGUUUUUCAAGACAUUGACAUCUUUUAAUUUCAGAAAGAUUAACUGAACAAAACUACUUUCAGCAUUCCAUUUGGUCCUUUAACUGAGACUAGUUUGAUUAUUUCAUAAAAUAUUUGUACUAAGUGUGUAUCCUAUCUGUUAAUGUCAUUAUGUUCUAUUUUUAUAUUUAAUUAAUGGUAAUGUGUCAAUGAUGGACAAACAACUUUACAUUUGGACUAACAAAAAUAAACGCAGACCAAGAGCCAUGAUAAA